AAGUCACAGACCAUGAAAACACAUACAGCUAGCGUACCAUAAGGGAGCAUUGAAGCUGAACGAUAGCUUAGGAUAUUAAUAACACACAUAUACACAUAGGAGUCAGCCGAUUCAAGGUAGAGAGCUAUAAUACUUACCAAUAGCCUGCUAGUGUCAUUAGCAUUCAAAGCUGGCUUGAGCUCAAACUAAACUACAACGCAGUGUAUGAUAGAUAUUACUGGAAUAUUACACCGUUUGCUUCUGAUGAAACAGCUGCUGUUGAAUUAACAAGAAAUAAAUACAGUAUUUGAGACAAACGUAUUGUGAAUUUACACGGAUUAAUCCCUGGAUUACUUAAUGACACCAGCUUGGAUACUAACCCCCAGACUAAACAACGGGGGGCGAGGCUAACUGAGCCUACUCCUCAGCCAUGAGAAACCAACAGAAAUAACAACACCUCCACUACAGUUACCAGUCGUAUUUGGAUUUAUAUAUUUAUUACUGAAGCUUGUCGACAAGCACCUCAAACCCCAUAUGUUAAACUACCUCUCCCCCAGUAAGCUGUUGGAGCCUCCUUCAAGUACAACUCCCUCGCAGGACCAGAAAUCGGAUAUGGGGCGAAAAAUCAACCUAAACCAUCUGGAUGAAACAGAGUGUGAACGAAUUCUAAAUGUCAUUCAGAGAGAUUUUGAGUUGAGACAGUCAGAAAAGGAACGUUUAAGUAAAAUCGAAGAAGAGAUCAGAGAUGAGAAAACGAAAGUGAACAUUUUGGCGAAACAACAAAACUUCAACGAUAAUUGCUGUAUGAGAUGCUUCUCUACGUUCUUCUUCAUCUUCAACCGUCGCGUCCAGUGUUACAACUGUAAAUUCUUUGUGUGUAAAAACUGCUCCGGGUUCGAUAAGCAUCAGAAAGAAUACAUCUGCAAAAUCUGUGAAAAGCAAAUUGAACUAGCAACACAGUCCUGUGAGUGGUUCUAUGCCAAUGUGCGCCAGAAGUUCAAGAGAUUUGGAAGUGCGAAAGUAGUCCGGUCUCUAUAUAAGAGAAAAAGUGGGUCUGAUAGUGAAAAUGACAGCGGAUACGACCCAUCAUUAUAUAACUCAUUACCCCAAGGGAAGAAAUAUCGGGAAUCUGUCAGGAAUUUGUUCCCCCCAGAGCAGGAGAACAUUAGGGGUCCCAAUGGCAGCUCCAGACUCAACAUCACUGGAGGCCAAGUUUCUUACAGGACUUUGGACCCAAACUCUAAUGAUAACACUGUUCAUCUAUCGGGAGAGGAGGCGGAGAAAAGGUUGUUCCAAGACCAGUUAGACAAUAUCACCCAUGAGAUAUACGGCACCCUAGAUGGUCAACACCCAGAUGAUUUAGCCAAUCCUGAACAGAGUCAAGAUGUUCUGUCGACGCAGCGGGUGAAUGUUCGUGACGCCCUUGUUAACCUCACCCAGGGGCUUUCCAGGUUCAGGGAGAGUAGCACAGAUGACGACAACUCUGAGGAAAAUACCACAGAGGCAAAAAGAAUUGUUACCCAAAUGGUCGAGGAGUUUGUAGGGGGUGCUAUCGAUAUUGACGUUGAUGAUGUUCUCGCUUCUGACUCUUCUGAUAAUAAAUGUUACGAGGACAUUUUAGCUGAUGCAAUUGUAAAAAAGAUUUCUCUUGAUCAUCGUAAAGUGAAAGAGAGGCUCUCUGAGGUUGAAGUUGAGGCUGAUGAGGGAAACGACAGAGAAUCACCACGCACAUCACCCUCACAGAGAAGAAAGCAUGACUCACCCAGAAGAAAUCAUGACACACCCAAUAAAAAACCUUUGACAAAGACUGAAUCUGAGGACACUGAAGACAGACUUAACAAAACGUCAGAGUUUGUGAAAUGUCAUGAAGUACCCCUGCCUUCAUUUGUUGAAGGCAUUGAGGAUGUUGAUAUAACUGACUUAGUGCAGAAAAAUUUAGAUAUCAGUGAUACCGACUCACAAAGAAAACUACCAAAAACAACUGAAAAAGCAAUAGAUCAAUUACAAAAUGGUGAUAAUAAUUUGGAAGAUGAUGUUGAUAGCCCAGAAGGGGCAGAGCUACUACUACAGGGGGGAAGUAUGCCGCAGAACUGGAAAAAGAAUUGGUUUUUCACAGAAAAAAAUAUUGUCUCGCCUUAUGAUAAUUUUGGUGAUAAAAAGGUUGGGGCGGAAGAUGUCGUUAUGUUGGUACCCAAGCUUGAUGAAUCUCCCGGACCAAAGAUUGGCGACAAAGAUCUGGAUGAAGUAUCAGAACUCUCAGAAAGGAGUAGAAGAUCUUCCAUUGCCAGCAUAAGCUCGUUAUCAAGCUCAGAGGAGGAGCAGAUCUAUCUAGAAGAACUCGCAGCUACAGGAGAGCUACGUCAAGUAACCAAUGAGAUAGUGCGUGAGUUCCUUCACACGGACGAGGAGAUUCAGACUGAGGACUUUGUAAUCCAAACUGAUACAGAGGAGAUUGAAACUACAACAAUGCCAAUUGCAAAGCGUGCAGUGGCAAGUUGCGAGAUCGCUACAAUGACUGACGAGGAUGGCUUGAGAAAGAGUGCACAACUGUACGUGAAAGAUGAGAAGGACCAGAUCAUGAGAGAGAUGCUCCAGACAACACUAAUACCUCUAGGCACCAGCGAGGAUGAUGAAACCGACCCCAGGUUUGUAGUGAGGCCUAUGAAUGUUACUGUGCCUGAAGGAGAGCCUGCUAAGUUUACAUGUCAAGUUGCUGGGAGUGAGCCCUUGGAUGUUUUCUGGUACAAAUCUGGUAGUGAAAUGACAGAACUGGAAGAUGGUGCCCAAUGUGAGAUCUACAGAGAGGGGGAUAUCUACCACUUAGAUGUGUUCAAUACAACCAAGAAGGCCUCUGGACAGUAUCUAUGUAUUGGCGUUAACGAUGAAGGCCGUUGUGUUCAUUCUUUUAAAAUCACACUAGAAGCCAAUCCCCUUGAGCUGAAAGUCCCAGAGUUUAUAAAACCAAUUGAGGACAUCGAGAUCAUUGAGGGUCAAACCGCUAAGUUCCGAUGCAAGCUCAAAGGCUAUCCAAUACCCAGGGUUCUUUGGUACAAGGACGGCAAGCGGAUACAAGAUAGUUUGGAGCAGAGAAUAGAAAAGCUUGGCAACCGAGGUCACAGUUUGACAAUGGGUUAUGCAACAAUUGAUGAUGACGCUGAAUACACUGUGGUUGCAACUAACACUGUUGGACAAGUCAAGAUGUCUGCCCAACUCCUAGUUGAACCAGCCCCUAAGAUGGUUGAAAUUGAGAUGAAGUCACCAGCAGUGACAGAGGAAAACAAGGCUAAUUUGAACACUUUGGCUGACCGCAUGGUAAAGACACAGAGCAAUGUCACAGACACCGCAGAAAAUGUUCUAACAUCUGCCGAUGAUCUGAGUGAAAUUAACAAGCAGUUAGAUGAGAUGGACCGCAAACUGAACAACAUGGAAGUGGACGUUCACACAGCGCUGUCACCUUCACCUCAAAUUGAAGAUGUCGUUCUCGAUGAUGAUAAUAAUAACUUUGCAUAUGAUAUGGAGGUUAAGAAAUAUCAAGAAAUGACGAAAGCUGCCAAGAAUGUACGUGAAGUAACCUCAACAGCUUUGGGGGUUAUAUCUUCCACAGAACAGAAAAUUGAAGCCGAGAAAGAUCGCCAAAUGCAGGGGACCACCUCAAAAGUAAGUCCAUCUCCAAAACAGGAGAAACGUAAAUAUGAAUUAGAAUCUCCAAGCGAACCUCUACCCAUUUCUCCAAAUAAAUCUUACGAUGAGAUCUUGAACAGGCCUCAAUUGUCAUUUGAGGAAUUUGAAAAGCAAUUUGGUGGUGGAAAAGUUGAACCAUUAAAGGUUAAUACCUCAGAAGAAAUGGACACUUUAAGUGACAUGAAGGCUCAUGAAUUGAGCAUGGAUGAUCUGCCUGAUAAAAUUGAUUGCGGUUUGAAGAGAGUCGACUCGCAACGAUACAAACGAGAUUUCCACGUUAGUUCGUCGAAACCAAAGCAAACAAAAUGGGCAGUUAAGACCCCUUCACCAACUACAUCUCCUCGAGGGCCCCUUGUAAGAGCAACACCUGCAGCUCACCGCGAAGAUCCUCAUGAAGAGAUCCAGAGACAAGAAGAGGACGCUUGGUCACCUCCAUUAGACAACCGUGACUGGACAACUCUUGCCAAUUCAACAGAAGAUGAAAUUUAUAUGACGGCUGGUCAAGUGUUCAAUUAUGAAGAUCGCGUAGGAGCCUUAGAGAAAAAAGUAGGCGAUAUUGAUGGUUCAACCUCUGACAAAAAGGUGGCAGCACUAGAGGAUCAAGUAGCGAGAGCUGUAGCCCAGGUUUCCCAAACAGAGCAAUCGGUCGGUGACAUUGAGAGGAAUGUUGCUGAGCUUAGCAAACAAGGAAGCCAGAAGAUCCGCGGCUCCACUGAACGGGACCAAAUACCUGUCACUUCCGGCGAGUUUGAUGAAGAAUCAAUUCCAUCUGUGAAACACCUUCUAGGAGUGUUUAAAGACGGCGAUGACAAAGACAUGGGAGAUGGGAAUUUUAAGCGGGUGCACAGCCUCACCGCUAGAAACCCAAGGAAGUCCUUCCAGGAACAAAUGAGGGCACAAUUUGGAUUUGGUGGUGGCCCAAAACCUGCAAAUUAUGGGGCUCCCCAGUCACCAGAAUAUGAUAGUGCCCCUCCCAAGUGGUCCCCAAGGUCAACCCCUAGUCCCCAGCAAUCACCAAGUGCCUCCCCCAGACAACCCACAGCAACAGUUGCUAAGCAACAGCAGUCACCUCAGCUUCAAUCAAAACAACCCCAAGUUGCGAAAUCCCCAAGGGAGCCUCAACAAACUCAGCCACCUAAACGUAUAGUAGUCACUAAGAAAACCCCAGCAGGGCCCCCUGCUAAGUUAUCUGCCCCAAAGAAAAACAAACAGAGCUCAAUCAUGGCGAGAGCAGCUUUUUGGAACCAGCGUAUUGAGACAGGGGCAGCUAAGGAUGAUGGUCUUAUUGAAGAAUACCCAGAACUCUCUCAAGACACGUUCAAGACAGAUGCUGAACUUUAUUAAGCAACAUUCCAACAUGGAACAGAACACAAGAGGACUUCAUUGGGAUGAGAAAGAAUUGGAAUUAUAAAGACAAGUACUAUGAGAAAAUUCAGUACAAAAGAUUCAAUCCUCCAAACUCUUUGAGGAGUCUAAAAUAGCAAUACAAUACAACAACAACAACAACUGUAUAACAGAAUGAAUUACAACAGCACCAGAAAUAACCUACAACCCGAUGUCACCAUAUACUGAAAUUGCACAAAUGCUUAUUCACACAUAUUUCCCAUAAACAAACACUAUGGCACUCAGCGCAGAAAAAAUGGCAAAUUGUAAUAUAUAAAUUAGGUUGUCCAUAAUGAUGAUUUCUUGUGGGUGAGCUGCAAUGUUAAAAUGAGACUCAAAAAUGUUUUUGACUAGAUGGUUUAUACAUGUUUCCACAAAGUGCCUUAACAAUAAUGUUUCAAUGGUUCAGUAGUUGUUUGAAUCUACUACUCAGCUUCCAUUCAUCUACAUCGUGUACAUGUAUUUUAAGGGAACAAUCCAUCAUAUGCGGUAUAUGCAAUUGAAUUUAAUUGACAUGUUUAUAUCUUUCAAAUUGUUCAAUUCAAACGUCAAAAUUCCUUUAGUUGGGAGUUUGGCUCACCGUAUUUUGCAUCAUGCAUUCAAAUAUUUUUGCUUUUUCUGAAAGUUCAAUUUGAAUACAGGGUGACCCAAAAGAAAUGUGACACUCCAUUUUUGAAUAACAUUGUCAGCAAUGAUGGAGUUUUAGCUGGUACAGAAUGGAGUUCACUUGAGCGAAAUUUCAUGAAGUUUUCACCAUGUGAAUUAUAAAUUUAAAGUAAUGCUACCAGUUUUAUUCAUGGGUUUCAUUCUUAUUGAGUCACCCUGUAUAUGUAGCAUGUAUAUUUUUUCUUACAUAUACAUGGACGAGUGUUCCAUGCUAUCAAACCUUAUAAUAUUCCUGAAUUAGACACUGUGGGAUGAGUGAUUAAAUCUCCUCUCUAGCGAAUAAAGGUGAUUUCAUCAUUCAAUCCGCAAUAGUAUUAUAUGGAUAUUAAAGCACAAAUAUGCAAUUUAAAUUAGCAUUGUUACAAUUUUAUAAUUGAUGUUGUAAUAGUGUAAUAGUAUAGCUGCUAUAAGAACAGUAAAACAUGUAUACCUAGAGAGUAGAGAGACAGGGGCAAGUAGUAGCUGGAGAUGAAGCUCACUUUUAAAGAAGUGAAACCAGACGACUGUACUCCCAGCUAAUUUCGUGAGUUUUAAUUUUGCGAAUUUUGAGAAAUCACAAUUUAGCGGCUAUUAAAUUUUGUGGAUUUUUCAGAAAUUUUGUGACAAUUAUUUUAUGACGAUUAUUUUUUUUGAUUUUACCACAAUCAGGAAAAUAAUGAAACUACAUCGCACGCGGAGUACAGUAUUAAAACAGUCUAGUGAUGUGGAGGUCAGUGGAAAAAUGUUCCCGAGGAAGUUGUCAACAGUUCAUUUAAAAAUGUUAAACAUGCGUCACUGUUCUUAUAUUUAUGAUAAAUAUUUAUUUAGAGAAAAAAUAUUGAAUAUAGAUUUUAUGUACUGAUGUCAUAUGGCUCUUUGUUAAUGGAAUAUGCUGAUGUCAUAUGCCUAUUUGCUGAUGUUAUAUGCCCGGGUAUUGAUGUCAUAUGCUUAUUUAAAAGAUUUAUUUUAAUAUGUACUGUAUAUAUUAGCAUUCACAGAUAAAUUAUUUAAUGUAUACAUAUUUUAAAGUUAUGUACAGUAUCUCCACAUUUCUGACUAAAAAGCUUUUAAUAAGAGUUAACAAUAUUAACAAUCUUCAAUAAUAGUCUACAAUAACAGUCUACAAUAUAAGUUCACAAAUAUUGUAGGUUUGAUUUUAUUCAAUCAUGCAAGCACAUACCUCUAUUGUAUCAUUAGACUGAAAGAAAUCAUAAAAAAUGAUAUAUAGCCCUUCUGGAUCAAUAAUUAGCCUCUUCAUUUUUUGUGCUGUUCCUUUCUUUAAGCCCAUCUCUAACUCUACAUAAACAUUCCAUUUCAUUUUGUAUUGAUAGAUAACUAUUAUAUAUAUACAUUUCAUAUAAAUAGUUUGAAAUAUAAUUGAUUCUUUGAGAGUACAGUAUUCAUAUUGCACAGGUUUCUAUAAUCAAGAAUUCAAGAUCUUAGAUAUAUGUUUAGGAAAAUGUAGAUUUAAUAUUUCUUCUGAUCACUACAAAGAAAAAAUCAAGAUAGAGCAAAACUUGUGAAUGUGAAUACUUGUUUGUUGAAUACCACUGAAUAUGAACACUUUGGUCUGUUCAAGUAGCUUUCAAUUAUUCAGACUGGUUUUAUUGUAUUUUGCAAGAACAAUUUUUUCUGUUUAUUUGUUGUGUAAUAUGUGCUGGAUGCAUUAGAUUGUUUAUAAACCUUGUAAUUGAAUUACAACUGAAAUUUUAUCGCACAUUAGCUGUUACAUUAUUGAAUGUAUGAAUAUUUUAUGCUAGAAUCAGCUGAUCUUUUAAAGGAUUCUUAAAUAUUUUUUUAGUUGUUACUUAUUUUUGAGUCUAGAUUGACUGAUUGAAAUUGAGAUUAGAUAAACUGGCUGUCUCAAAUUAUGACGUGAUUUACUUAUAUUUUCUUAUUGAUGGGGAGAGAGUUUCAAUCCCAGUUUCCAUUGCAAAAGGAGGAACUUAUUUCCCAGAAUGCCCUGUAACUUUAAUGUACUCCUGUGGAUUGUUUUGAGUUGCAUACACACUCGUAUAUAUCGCUGAGGGACUGUCAAGCAACCUCCUUUGUAAACAAUGGCAAAUGGGAUUGACCCACCUCCUCUGUUAUGUAAUACUUGAAUAGUGGAAAUAAGAUCUGCUGUAUGAUGGUGUUGGGUUUAAGUUAACAUUUCUUUACCAAACAUUAUUUAUUCUUCAAAUGUUAAAUUUCGAAAUCAAAUUCAAUAUUGAAAAAAGUCGAAACCAUGAAAUUAUUCAAUAUCUGUCUAGAAAACAGGUUCAAAUUAUUUUUGAGGUUGGACAGCUUAAAAUCUGGUUCUCUUUGUGGAGUUACCUUUGGAAAAUAGAAUAUAAAGUAUAUUCUGAUCAAAUAGUAUAAAAUGCAACAAUAUAGUUUAAUAAAUUAAUAAAUACAUUAAAAUAUUAAUAAGCUUAAA